AUGGCCCCCGUUCCUAGUACGAGUAUGGAAGACAGGAUGAGAGUUGUCCUCCACGAAGAAGGCUACAGCUGCGAUGAAAUUGCCGAAAGGAUGAAAGUAGCAAGGUCUACUGUGCAGGAGAAACUUGAGUGGUCGGACAGUGAGGAGAAGACCUCUGGAGAGUGGUUUAAAGUAGGGCCACGAAGAAGCCAUUGUGACUCAAAAGUCAAGCAUGGUGGUGGUGGUGCCAUGGUCUGGGGCUGCAUUACUAGCAGAGGUGUUGGCCGAUUGUACAAAGUCAGUGGAACCGUUAACACAGAGUAUUACAUUAAAAUCAUAAAAUACUGUGCAGUUCAAUCUCUAAUCCACUAUUUUGAGGAUUGUGAAGCAACAUACAAGCUCAGCCGCACUUUUACCAAGGCCAGCCGUCUGUGA